GCGACUUCUGAGCCAUGCGUACUGAGGGCUCGCCGUCGACUCUCAGUGGUUGUUGUUAUGAGUGAAGCAGGCCUCGGACUAAAUUAAAAAGUUCUCCCGCUGCUGCCCCGGGAAGCCUGCUCAUGGAGGGCAUGGACGUCGAUCUGGACCAGGAGCUCAUGCAAAAGUUUAGUUGCAUGGGCACCACGGACAAAGAUGUGUUGAUUUCUGAGUUUCAAAGGCUGCUGGGUUUCCAGCUAAACCCGGCCGGCUGUGCGUUUUUCCUGGACAUGACCAACUGGAAUCUUCAAGCAGCCAUUGGAGCAUAUUAUGACUUUGAGAGUCCGAACAUCAACACGCCAUCAAUGUCGUUUGUAGAAGACGUGACAAUUGGUGAGGGGGAGUCCGUUCCCCCCGACACGCAGUUUACAAAGACGUGGCGGAUACAGAACACAGGAUCAGAGUCGUGGCCCCCAGGCGUCUGCCUGAAGUACAUAGGUGGAGACCAGUUUGGUCAUGUGAAUAUGGUAAUGGUGAGGUCUCUGGAGCCGCAAGAGAUAUCAGAUGUGAGUGUCCAGAUGCACAGUCCGGCCAAUCCAGGAAUGUACCAAGGCCAGUGGAGAAUGUGUACAGCCACUGGACUCUUCUAUGGAGAUGUAAUUUGGGUUAUCCUGAGCGUAGAGGUUGGCGGUCUGCUUGGGGUCACACAACAGCUGUCCUCCUUCGAGACAGAGUUCAACACUCAGCCGCACCGCAACGUUGAAGGAGACUUCAACCCCUUCGCUUCACCGCAGAAGAACAAGCAAGACGGCAAUGAAGAUAACCUAAAAGACACCAGAGGCCCCUGGGUGGCCCCGCUGGACUCCAUACAGCAAGAUCAAAACGAACUCUCUCACAACUCUGUAAAUAUUACGCCAAAUGGUCUACAAAACAACUUAUCAGUAGUGACUUACAGCCAGGGUUGUCAUGGACCCUACCCUUUUGGACAGUCUUAGAAGACAAAAAUCAUCACCACCAGGCAGCUCAGAGGAGCCGUCACUCUGGAAUCCCCCCUUUUCUGUGGGGUUACACAGGGGAGCGACAGAUUUCUUAUAAAGACUCGACAACCCUACUCUCCCUUUGCAUUACAACACAACCUAAGAUAUGGACAAGGCUGUUUAUAUCUAAAUCAACAUUCAGCCAUCUUCAACACGCAUGUGUGAAUGCUAAAUUAAGAUGAGUGCUAGAAAUCCUCAAAGUCAAAUACACAGGUUUUUGUUUUUGUCGCGUUGCUGCAAUAGUCAGGUGACCUGGUGUGUGGGUGGAUGCGUGUAUGAUUGUGAGAGAGAGAAAGAACGGUAGAGUAUGUAUGCUUGUAAGCUUGUGUGUGGACCAUGCACAAAAGAGAUAUGAAAAAAGAAGCCAUUGAAAAAUAACUUUUGCUUGUCAAGAAGUUUUUACAGUUUACUUUGUGAACAGUCUGAUUUUACUGAGAAAUGAAUUCAUUUUUUAAAAAUAUUGAUUCUUUCUAAACUGGUUAACAUUCGUCAUGGUUUUCUGAGAGUUAAUAUCGGAGAUCUCAACGUUACUGCGAAAGGGUAAAGCUAGCUUUCAGGAUCACUACACAAACUCAAAAGUAGUGUGUGUUUAAGGCCAGAAGAUGGAACUGUUGAACCUUUGAACACACGAACACUCAGCUGUGUAAAGCGUAAUUAGAACCUAAUUCCCCACCUCCCCUUCCCUGAGCAAAUUUUACCAGUUACAUAAUUAUUAUAAUUGUAGUCCCGGUUAUGUUUUCAUUGAGGAUACUGUGUGAUGUUCAUUUUCCUUUGAAGGCCGAAAGCUUUUGAGCUUGUGUGGUGGUUUAAAUCCUAGCAGGUCUCGAAUAUGGCAUAAAUGUUUAGCUCAAGCAUUGAUUUCAUUAUUUAAAAAAAACAACUGUUUUAAAUGCAAAAAUCUUCAGAAGCACAUUGUUGAUUUAUUUAGGGUUUUUUUCAGGUCCACAAAGAUUUUUACAAAUUAAAUUGAUCAAACUCUUCACUCUUUUUCCCUUCUUUUAUAACUGACAUUUCUUAUUAAACCCCAUGUAUAAAAUACAGACAAACCAAUACUUACAGGGAAAUUGUGCUUAGCCUAUAUCAUGUUUACAUAAAAAGGAUAUGAAAGGACAUGAUGUAAUUAGUGUGUUUAGUGUAAUAUAUUACACACUAUAUAAUUGAAACUUUGUUCAGAUUUUAGUUCAGUUUUAAUGUAAUUGGCUAAAAUGAAUUUGCAGUAUCCCAGUUUGUCACCAUGUAAAACAAGCCUUUAGAAAACAUGCUCUUUGUAGAUGAUGUUUUUUGUCCAUGCUCACCAUCACCUUAGGAAAAAUUGGAGUUUCUUUUAAUGACAUGAAUCUACAUUAAGAAAGGUUUGGCAAAAUGGCUCUCUCUGCUAUGCACCUGGUGACUGAUGAAGGGAUCGUCAUUGAUGAUACGUAUGCUUUGUCUUUUCCUGCAUUGUAUGUUUUAGUUCACCGAUUAUCUAUGCAGUGUUUGAAGGGGAUUAUCCGUGUUUUUGUUUCUCCUGUUAAACACAUGUUGAAAAUCAUCAAUGCCAUAGAGCUAGCUGAGGUUGUCUUCGAUUGCCAUAGAGAUUAGACAGGGGGAACUUCCUUCAGCUGUCUCGAUUGAGAAUGUUUUGUGCUGCCCACAGCUCAAGGACAGUGUCAUGGUUUCAUGAGUCAAGUCUUCCUUGGAGUUGUUUUGGUGAAUGUCCUCAUCCCAACUGCACAGAUCUAGUUAUUUCUCAUCAAUUUGUGCUGUCUGGCUUUGUGUGUGUGAGAGGCGUGUGUGUUUGAGUGAUUAGUAGUUCAGUUUUGCUUUUUUUUUUUUUCUUUUUGUUUGCUGUUGAGUUUUCUGCACGGUGGCAUGGUGAACGGAUGAGCAGAGUGUUUGCAUAGAGAUCUAUGGUAGCACAUUUAACGAAGAGAAAAUACAGAAAUAAAACUUUUUUUCCUGUAUGUGUAAAUGAACAUUUCUAUAAUUAAAUCAAUACUUAAGAAUUGA